AUGCCAGUCUGCACACACCGUGGUUGCGAAAAGACCUACGAUGAGGCAACCAACUCGGAUACUGCUUGCCAGUUCCAUCCUCAGGGGCCCAUCUUCCAUGAAGGUCUUAAAGGCUGGUCAUGUUGCUCAAAGAGAGUCGUUUCGUUUGAUCAGUUUCUCGCCAUCCCCGGCUGCUCAUUCGGACGACACACAGAUGCACCACGCGAGGAGUUCCCUGCUGCAUCUCCAAGCGAGAAAGUUGAGGUUACCGAUUCAACUACGCCAGCACCAGUGUCUGUAAAUAAGGAUGGAACAGAAGUUUAUGGCUCGUCAGCAGCAGCACCAGCAGCCCCUGCUCCCCUCGUUGCCCCUGCUGCCUCCACAACAGCAUCAGCAGCAGCGCCUUCAGCACCAACACCAGAGCCCAUCGUAGAAGAAGAAGAUGAUCUGUCAAUUCCUGUGGCUGUUGGAAAGACUUGCAUGCGCCGUGGAUGCGGUCAGACUUAUGUUUCGGAAGAAGAGUCUCGUGGUGAUAAAGUCAAGUGUCAGUAUCAUCCUGGAACGCCCGUUUUCCAUGAAGGAUCCAAGGGCUGGAGCUGCUGUUCCCGUAAGGUGCUGGAGUUUGAUGAAUUUUUGAAGCUUAAAGGGUGCACCACCACAAACCAGCAUUUGUUUGUUGGUGCAAAGAAGGAGAAGGUUGAAGAAUUGGUUCAGUGCCGUCAUGACUGGUACCAAACACAGACGCAUGUUAACUUGUCUAUCUUUGCAAAGAAGGUCGAUCCAAAGACCGCCGUCAUAGAAUUCAAGGAGCGUGAGGUCAACAUUGAUUUGAAAAUGCCAGAUGAAAAGCGUUUCAAGCUCAACCUACCACUUUUUCAGCCAAUUGAUCCUUCUGGAAGCUCGUUUGAGGUUCUUGGUACCAAGGUCGAAAUCACGAUGAAGAAAGGCAAUGGCAUUUCGUGGGCAACAUUAGAGCCAAGUGAAGGCGCCAAGUGCUGGACAACUUUUGGAACCACUGGUGGUGCUGGUACUGUUGGUAGUAAGGUCAUGCAUCUUGCCACAGAUUCACCACUCUAUGCCCAGAAGUAG